AUGAAGUCACGACCUGUGAUCCUUCUGGAUAUGCUCACCUUCGGCCUGAUGUUUUUGUUUCUUCUUUAUCAGAGUUUACCCUCGGACGGAUGCUAUGCGUGGCCAAAAGAUGAAAAGGAUCCAUGUCUGUCGGUUUAUUGUCAGCAUGGAUCGAAGUGUGUAGUAUCCGCUGAUGGCAAGAUCGCACAGUGUAUUUGUCCGGACAAGUGCCCCCGUUUUGGCGAUAACAGAGGAUCUAGGCCAUUAUGUGGAGAAGACGGAGUGGACUACGAGUCGCUUUGCGACCUACAACGCAGUUCGUGCAAUUCCAUGCGAGAUAUCAAGGUGAAAUAUAUAGGUUUAUGCGAUCCCUGCGCUCACGUCACUUGUCCAGAUGGCACAAUAUGCAAGUUGGACUCACUGCGUCAGCCGGUUUGUCGAUGUUCAGAGCAAUGUCCAUUGACCAUUCGACCAGUGUGUGCUUCGAACGGAAAGACAUACCAAAAUGAAUGUUUCAUGGCGGUUGACGCAUGCAAGAGCAACGUCGAUCUGCGCAUGAUAUACGAAGGGACGUGCGAAUCUGGUGACAACCCAUGCUCUAAUAUGAAAUGUCUCCACGGCCAGCAGUGCUUCAUCGACAGCGACAGUCGGCCGUCUUGCAUGUGCGUGUACAACUGUCAGCCGGCAUUGAGAAUGGUGUGUGGCAAGGACGGCGUGACAUAUGACAACGAGUGCGAACUGAAAAAACGACGCAGCUUAUGCGGCGGCUACGAUUGUCCAAAUGGGGCCGUCUGUGUUAUUCGUCAUGGAAAGGCUGUGUGUCAAUGCCCAACAUGUAGAGACGAAUUUGAUCCGGUGUGUGGUUCGGACGGAAUUACUUAUAGCAACGAAUGCAAAAUGCGUAAGGAGGCAUGCUAUUCCAAAACUGACAUAUUCGUUUCGUACAAGGGCUUUUGUGACGGAUGCCAAAAUAACGCCUGCGAUUAUUAUGCGUAUUGUGUCAGCGAUGGACGAGGAAACAGUGAAUGCCGAUGUCCAGAUAUUUCGGAUUGCCGAGAGUCCAAAAAGGUAGUUUGCGGUACGGACGGUGUAACAUAUGAAAGCGAAUGUCAUCUUAGAGUUUCUGCCUGUCAGCAGCGUCUUUUUGUCAUGGUAGCAUCGGCUGGCGCCUGUGAUUCACCGGAUAAGACUGUGUUUGUACAAGUGACACCAGUUUCAGACUCUUGUCAAGAUAAACUGUGCGAGUUGGGUGCACGCUGUGAGAGCGGAAAAUGCGUCUGCCCUACUGCAUGUCCUCGCCCCUCAUUGACCGACAAAGUGUGUGGAAGCGAUGGACGCGUGUACGGAAGCAAAUGCUACUUGCAGAAGGCAUCCUGCAGCACUGGAAUGACCAUCGAAACAAUGCCUGCCGAAAAAUGUGCAGCAAAUCUUACUGUUGCAGCAUACGGUGAAUCAGGUACCGACUCAGUGCGUUACUUGCAUGCAGCAAAGUACCAGAAAAACGAACCUUGUAGCUGCCACAGAAGUGGAUCAUAUUCAGAUCAGUGCGAUGUCCUUGGGUACUGUCACUGUCGCCCACACGUCACUGGACGCAGGUGCGAUUACUGCCUUCCUGGAUACUGGGGUAUUCACCUAAUCACCAACGCAAGUGUCGUCGGUUGCCAACCUUGCUUGUGCUCUCCAUGGGGCUCGGUGCGAGACGACUGUGAACAGAAGACCGGACGAUGCGUAUGCAAGUCUGGCAUUAACGGAGCAAAAUGCGAUCUUUGUCCUGACGGUUCACCUAUCACCGCUGAUGGUUGCAGCACGCAGAAAAAAGAGCAGUCUGUCCAAAAGUGCGGUCCGGUCGUGUGCCGAUUUGGGUCUGUCUGUGAAACGCUCGGUGGCCGGCCUCAGUGCGUUUGCAGGGUCAACUGCAGCUCUUCCGACAGGACCUUACGUCAGGUUUGCGGCUCAGAUGGAGCAACGUACGGAUCGGUUUGUGAGCUUCUGAAAUCAUCCUGUCGCGAUGAAAAGGAUAUAAAAGUCGCAUCUUAUGGUCCAUGCGAAGAAGUCACGAAAAUUAAAAGGAAAAUAGUCGCCUUUCGGAAGCGAUCAUGGGCCAAAUUGGCAAGGCCCAAUAUUUAUUCCACUUCAUACAUACGAGCGGUUGUCAAACCUGAUGAAAUCAACGGCCUUAUCUUAUACGUUGGUCAGAGUAUCAACAAAAAAGGCGACUUUCUUAGCUUGAGUCUCAACGACGGUUAUGUGGAAUUCAGGUAUAACGUUGGAGACGGUCCUGUUGUGUUGAAGUCAACAGAAGCGCUGAAAGUCGGUGAAUGGCGCGAAAUCAAUGCAGAGAGAAUCCACGAUCAUGGAAAGUUGUUCGUCUCCCAGCAACGCACCGUCUUUUCUAUAAAGUCGAAGGGCAGAAAUGAAUGUGAUGAUAUGGCUUGCGGCUCUCCAGUAUGCAUGAACGCCGUCGGUUGCAUAGAUGUCAACCGUGAUUACACGUAUUGUAUAUGUCAGCCGAAGUUCACAGGCAAAUAUUGUGAGGUUCCUUUCGAUCCAUGCGAAGGCUCCUCGUGUAAGCCAGGCGGAACUUGUCGCUCCACGUCAAAUGGUUUUCUUUGCAACUGCUCUGAUGGCAAAUUGGCAUUAACCUGUGACCAAGACGAAACGUCUUUCUAUGACAGCGUCCCGGAAUUUUCUGGAAAAAGCUUCAUUGUGGUACAAGAAUCUUUAUCUGAUCUGGAGAACGUAUUUUCUAUAGAAGCCUGGUUAUACCCAUCAAACAUCAAUGGCAUUAUUCUCUAUGCGGCCAGUUUAAACGAAGAAGAUAAACACGGGAGUGGAGAUUUCAUUUUACUAUCUCUUGUUGAAGCGAAAUUGCGAUUCGCUUUUAACUUAGGAUCUGGAAUCACAGAAAUACGGACGCGAAAAAAUGUCGAUCUUAAAAAGUGGCAUCAUGUGACAGUGAGUAGACAUGCACGUAGUUGUUCCCUGAUUUUGGAUGGCGAAGUGCUGGGCAGCGGCGAAAGCGCGCCUCCUUUGACUCAGCUGAAUGUCAACCGAAAUCUGUUAUUCAUUGGAUAUGUACCAAACAGGGAUAUUCUGCAUCAUGCAUUUCGAACUUUGCCUGGCUUCCAAGGAGCUAUUCAAAGCGUUCAGUUAGGUGAAGGUCGUCGUAAUCUCUUAACAAAGAAAGACAUUUUACAUACAGGAAUAAAGCCAUUUGUUGGCCCACCUUGCUUUCCAAAUCCGUGUCUAAAUGAUGGAACAUGUAUUCAAAAAUGUGACAAUUUUAUAUGCCUGUGCUCUGGGCAUUUCAGCGGACGCUUGUGCACCCUAAGUCACAGUGCGUCCACUCCCAUAUUCCUCGACGGUGCCACUUCUUACAAGUAUAAUAACAGAGCAUCGUCAAGGUCAAAAAGACAGGUGUUUCUUUCGGUUGAUGCCGAAAGGCCACUAACUUCAGUUGCUCUUCCUGGAGCCACUGAGAUGAAUACUGACGGGAUGCUAUGGAUUGGUGGUCAUCAGGAACCUCCUUACGCUGGCAGAUUCUCAGAGCUCGCUCAUAGGUUCUUCACUGGCUGUGUCAGUGAGCUGGUUGUGCAAUCAAUUCCCCUGGAUCUAGUACGACACGCGCUCGAGCCGGCUAAGGCUAUUUCGUUUUGCAGUUGA